AAGGAUGCGCACAAGGAAGUGCACAGAGAGGCACAGCGGCGAGACGUGCAUAACCUGGCUCCUGUCCCGGAAUCAGCGGCUGCAGUAUCAGGAGUGGAACGGGUUUUACUCACCUCCUCUUGUCCGCAUCACGAGAUGGCGCCUCCUGACUCCUCUGUCAUCUCCAGCUCUCCUGGCCUCACUGCCACCAUUAGGGAGCCGGUGGGAGGGGCUCCCCUACUCUCUCCUCUGGGUCUGCCUGACAAUGGGGCUUCUACCUCCACAGACUCACACUGCAGUUUCAGCUCACUGAAAGGAUUCCCCCAACCUCCCUCCUGUCUCAGCCCCCUAUGGACUUUAAAAGCCUGGCUGCUGAAGUUACAGCUCAUAUUAUGCCCAGCAUACAGCAAUCCUUGGAGGCAUCCCUGCAAGCCUCCUUUACCCAGCUAAGGUCAGAAUUGAUGCAAACCAACAUAGCGGUGGUGUCCAUCCGUAAUGAUGUUAGCUCCUUGGAUCAAGGCUACUCUGAUCAUUCGGCUUCCAUUGUUGACCUACACCAAGCAAAAAUGCAAAUCUGUAGGCCAUGCUAGAUGACCUGGAAAGUCAGUCUAGGCACAACAACCAGCGCCUUGUGGGGCUUUCUGAACAAGUAAAGGUGCUGGAUUUGGAACAUGUUUGUGAAAUGGAGCUAUCUGGGACACUGGGACUUGAUCACUAUUGCAGGGUGGAACCAGUCCACCGCCUGGGGCCUGACAGGGGUGCCCUUGACCCCAAUGUACCUUUCUCUCAAUCAUCUCAGCGCAACAGACCUCACCAAGUUUUUUCAAGCUAUUGGACUGUAACGACCACCAGGCCUUGCUAAGGGCGUUCCGGAGAUGUUCCUCUCCCCUUGUGCUUAGGGGCUGCCCCAUCCUUCUCAGCCCUGGUGACGUAGAGCUUUCAGUGCAAUCUGCACAGAACUGUUCCAGCGCAAGUCCUGCUGUUGCGGAGGCAGCGAUUCGCAGCCCGACGGGAUCUGACCGUCCCCGAGGGAGCCCUGACCACCAUCCACAUGAGUCUCCUGCCCACUCUCCUGGACGUCAAGGGUCUCCAGGGGACCAUGCUGUUCUCUGAUGGCCGUGACCUUGAAGGUGCUGCUUUGCUGCUCCGUCACUUGCCACAACCGUCCGCAUUCAUAUACAGGGAGAGAGCCUGCGAUCAGAGACAGGGUGCUUCUGUAGCAGAGUCAGAUAUUUGAAGGAAAUCUUUCAAAAGAGAAGAAAAAACCUUGAAAAAUAAGAAUAAUCCUGGAUGGAAUCUGAAAUUGAUAUUACGGGGUAUCACUGCCAUCAUCCAGUGGACACAGGAAUUUCGCUCUUAAAUAGCCAAUUUGUUGGCCUACAUUCAGUACACACUCGUUCACCAGACCAUGAUUCACAGGGACCUUCAUAUACUACUCACUACAACCACGUGCAAUUUCCUACAGUUCAUCAACCACUUACAUCUUCACCAUACCAUAUUAAUUCUGAAUAUUAUGCACAACAAGCCGAAGACUGGUGCCCUAAUGGAAUCUAUGAACUAAAAAGGAUACCCUCUGAGAGCUUGUUUUCUUUAGACACUGAAAUAGUGGAUUUGCCUCCAGCUAAGAAGACCCGGAUUAGUCCUUAUGGUUGUAGGGUAAAGGGAGAUGAAUUGUGUGUUGUUUGUGGAGACAAAGCCUCUGGCUAUCAUUACAAUGCCCUUACCUGUGAAGGAUGCAAAGGAUUUUUUAGAAGAAGUAUUACUAAAAAUGCUGUUUACAAGUGUAAAAAUGGAGGUAACUGUGAAAUGGAUAUGUACAUGAGGAGGAAAUGCCAGGAAUGUCGCCUGCGGAAAUGUAAGGAGAAGGGCAUGCUUGCUGAAUGUUUACUGACAGAGAUACAGUGCAAGUCAAAACGGCUACGAAAAAAUAUUAAGCUCCCAUCUGAGAAAUCAUUUGGUGAAGAUAAUGAUGGAAUUGAGAUAAAGCAAGUGACAUCUUCAACAAAAACAAAUCAGGUCAAAGCAGAACUUACACAGGACCAGAUACAAGUGCUCCAAAAUGUGAUGGAUGCAUAUAAUAGGCAUCGACUGCCUCAUGACCUGGCCACAAAGCUGGUAGACAAUCUGAGCACUGAUGACAACUUUGUCUUUUUGACAACAAUGGCUACAAACCAUGUCCAGAUCCUAGUAGAGUUUACAAAAAAGAUACCAGGCUUUCAAACAUUAGAUCAUGAAGAUCAGAUUGCUCUGCUCAAAGGUUCUGCAGUUGAAGCAAUGUUCCUCCGCUCAGCUGAGCUUUUUAACAAAAAGCUCCUUGAUGGGCACACAGACAUCCUUGAAGAAAAAAUUAGAAAUAGUGGCAUAUCUCAUGAAUACGUUAAUCCAAUGUUUAAUUUUUACAAAAGUCUUGGAGAAAUGAAAAUGGUUGAGGAAGAAUAUGCUCUUAUGUCGGCAAUAGUGAUUCUUACACCAGAUCGACAAUUCAUCAAAGACAAGGAGUCUGUGGAAAAACUUCAAGAGAAAUUCCUGCUUAUUUUAGAAAAGCUGUGUAAGCAACAUCACCCUAACAACCCUCAACACUUUGCGCGACUCUUGGGACGUCUUACUGAGUUAAGAACAUUUAGCCACCACCAUACAGACAUGGUUAUGUCAUGGAGAGUCAGAGAUCACAAAUUUACACCCCUUCUGUGUGAAAUCUGGGAUGUCCAAUAAUGAAGAUGUUUCUUUCAAGAACUUUUAAUUUCAUCUGGAUUAUUUUUUUUGUCACUUAUACCAUCUAUAAACUAGCUCAUCAUUCUAAAUGGUAUAUAAAUAUAUUUAAAGACAUAUAAGUAAUUAAAAUGUAUGUUGUACAUAUGUACAUAACAUUCUUGUUCAUAUAUAACAAUAUUUGAAAUGAAUAGAAUCUAUAGACUUUUUUAGGCCAUUACUAAAUUUACAAGAUGAAUAAUUAUGCUGUGUUUGUUUGUUUUUUGGAACUGGACAAACUUUGAGUUUAACAGUCUACAAUUUGUUGUUGCCCACAGACUAUAUUUGUAUGUUUAAUUGAUAUCAGGAUUUCACUAUGUGAGCUAAAAUGGUGCAGGAUUUAUUAUGUAUCUUGGUGCAACUUGCUACUUAUAUCCAAGAAAAAAAGGCAAAUAAUCAGUGUAAAAAAUGUAUACAAAUCUUUGUUAAAGAGAAACUGACAGAUGGAUCAACCCAUAUAACCUAAAUAUACAGAAGGUUGGUGUGGGUGAUCGUAAAGGGGUAUUCCAGUGGAAAACAAUUUUUUUUUUUUUA